AUGACGGGGAACGGAGAGGCGAAUGGCGUUGCACCAGAUAAUCGCAAUGUGUUCUUCUUCGACAUAGACAACUGCUUGUACCCUAAAUCGUACAAGAUCCACGACCACAUGUCUGUUUUGAUCGACGACUACUUCCAGACACAUCUAGGACUAUCCAGAGAAGACGCAACAAUGCUGCAUCAGCGGUAUUACAAAGACUACGGACUUGCUAUCGAAGGUUUGGUGCGGCAUCACAAAGUCGACCCGUUAGAAUACAACGACAAAGUUGACGACGCUUUACCUCUGGACGACAUCAUCAAGCCAAACCCAAAACUACGGAAAUUGCUUGAAGAUCUGGAUCGCAAGAACUUCAAGCCGUGGCUCUUCACCAAUGCGUACAUCAAUCAUGCAAAGCGAGUCAUUCGGCUGCUUGGAAUCGAAGACUUGUUCGAAGGCGUGACCUAUUGCGACUACGCAGCACCGACACUGCUCUGCAAACCAGAUCCUGAUAUGUUCGCGAAAGCGAUGAGAGAAGCCGGGAUCUCAGAUGUCGGCAGAUGUUAUUACGUGGACGAUUCGGCUUUGAACUGCAUAGGUGGGAAAGCGUACGGAUGGAAGAACACCGUGCAUCUUGUGGAGCCAGAGUCCAAGGCGCCUCCUGAGCCUGCCUGCGACCAUCAGAUAUCGAAUCUGGAAGAAUUGAGAACCAUUUUCCCGCAAGCCUUCAAAUCAGCAUGA